GAGAAGAGAGGAGGGGAGGCUUCCUCCGCCGCCGCCAUCUUGGACCGGGCCCGGUCAGCUUCCGCGGAGCCAUCGGCAGACGCCGCGGCCUCCCUUGAGCCCCGACCCCGUCGUCAGAACAACCCCGGGCCCACUUCCCCCCACCCCAUUUCCGCUCCGCGCCGCUAUCGCGAUAGCGCCCGGGCCCGGGGCGCGAGAAAAAGGCGGCGGGCGCUCGCCUCCCCCGCCUGUCGCGAUACGCUCCUCCGCGGCGGCGCCAGCUCCUGUGCAGCCGCCGUCCCCAGAGAGUAUGAAGAGAGGGCGCCUGUAAGGCAGGAACAUGGCGGACAAGCGCAAACUCCAAGGUGAGAUAGAUCGCUGCCUCAAGAAGGUGUCCGAGGGUGUGGAGCAGUUUGAAGAUAUCUGGCAGAAGCUCCACAAUGCAGCCAAUGCGAACCAGAAAGAGAAGUAUGAGGCUGAUCUAAAGAAGGAGAUUAAGAAGCUUCAGCGGCUGAGGGACCAGAUCAAGACAUGGGUAGCAUCCAACGAGAUCAAGGACAAGAGGCAGCUCAUAGACAACCGCAAGCUCAUCGAGACGCAAAUGGAACGGUUCAAAGUUGUGGAACGAGAGACCAAAACCAAAGCUUAUAGCAAGGAGGGCCUGGGCCUGGCCCAGAAGGUGGACCCUGCCCAGAAGGAGAAGGAGGAGGUUGGCCAGUGGCUCACGAACACCAUCGACACCCUGAACAUGCAGGUGGACCAGUUUGAGAGCGAAGUGGAGUCGUUGUCCGUGCAAACGCGCAAGAAGAAGGGUGAUAAGGAUCAGAAGCAGGAUCGGAUCGAGGGCCUGAAGCGGCACAUCGAGAAGCACCGCUACCACGUGCGCAUGCUUGAGACCAUCCUGCGCAUGCUGGACAAUGACUCCAUCCUGGUGGAUGCCAUCCGCAAGAUCAAGGAUGACGUUGAGUACUACGUUGACUCAUCACAGGACCCCGACUUCGAGGAGAAUGAGUUCCUCUAUGACGACCUGGACCUCGAGGACAUUCCACAGGCGCUGGUCGCCACCUCCCCACCCAGCCACAGUCAUAUGGAGGAUGAGAUCUUCAACCAGUCGAGCAGCACGCCCACCUCAACCACCUCCAGUUCCCCGAUCCCACCCAGCCCGGCCAACUGCACUACGGAGAACUCUGAAGAUGACAAGAAGAGGGGACGCUCAACGGACAGUGAAGUCAGCCAGUCUCCAGCCAAGAACGGCUCCAAGCCCGUCCAUAGCAGCCAGCACCCUCAGUCACCGGCUGUGCCCCCCAGCUACCCUUCCGGUCCCCCACCUGCCGCCUCUGCUCUGAACACCGCCCCUGGCAACAACGGGGCAGCUACCCCAGCAGUGCCUCCGGGUGCCCUGGGCCCUAAGGCCAGUCCAGCUCCCAGCCACAACUCAAGCACCCCUGCCCCCUACGCCCAGGCUGUGGCACCGCCUGCCCCCAGUGGACCCAGCACAGCCCAGCCCCGGCCCCCCAGUGUGCAGGCCGGAGGGGGCAGCAGCGGCGGCGGCGGCGGUGGCGGUGGUAGUGGAGGCGGGGGCACUGGCAAGCAGAACGGCGCCACCAGCUACAGCUCCGUGGUGGCGGACAGCCCGGCAGAGGCUGCUCUCAACAGCAGUGGGGGCAGCAGUGCCAGCAGCCAGGCUCUGGGCCCCUCUGUCCCCCACAACCCCCCUCCUAGCACCUCGAAGGAACCCAGUGCGGCAGCCCCAUCAGGGGCUGGGGGCAUUGCCCCAGGCUCAGGGAACAACACGGGGGGCCCCAGCCUCCUGGUGCCACUUCCUGUGAACCCACCCAGCUCCCCGACACCCAGCUUCAGUGAGGCCAAGACACCCAGUGCCCUGCUCAACGGCCCCCCGCAGUUCAGCUCCACCCCGGAGAUCAAGGCCCCUGAGCCUCUGAGUUCUCUAAAGUCCAUGGCAGAGCGCGCAGCCAUCAGCUCUGGCAUUGAGGACCCCGUGCCAACGCUGCACCUGACUGAGCGAGACAUCAUCCUCAGCAGCACCUCUGCGCCUCCCGCCUCUGCACAGCCGCCCCUCCAGCUGUCGGAGGUGAAUAUCCCGCUGUCCCUGGGUGUGUGUCCACUGGGGCCCGUGCCCCUCACCAAGGAGCAGCUGUACCAGCAGGCCAUGGAGGAGGCCGCCUGGCACCACAUGCCACACCCCUCGGACUCUGAGCGCAUCCGGCAGUACCUACCCCGGAACCCCUGUCCGACGCCCCCCUACCACCACCAGACGCCACCCCCACACUCAGACACCGUGGAGUUCUACCAGCGACUGUCCACAGAGACGCUCUUCUUCAUCUUCUACUAUCUGGAGGGCACUAAGGCCCAGUACCUGGCGGCCAAGGCUCUGAAGAAGCAGUCGUGGCGCUUCCACACCAAGUACAUGAUGUGGUUCCAGAGGCAUGAGGAGCCCAAGACCAUCACGGAUGAGUUCGAGCAGGGCACCUACAUCUACUUUGACUACGAGAAGUGGGGCCAGCGGAAGAAAGAAGGCUUCACCUUUGAAUACCGCUACCUAGAGGACCGGGACCUCCAGUGACACUGGCCCCCCUCCCCGCAUGCUGCCCCCACCCUGGUGAGGGCCUGCCCUGGACCAGCCCUGUCGGGCAGCCUCCUCCCAAAAGCAGGGAGGGGCCGAGGUGUCAAUGCCGCAGCCCCACCCUGGGGGCCCAGGUGACAGGGCUGCCCUCCUCCCCUCCCCAGUGAGGGACAUUUUUUGGUAAACCUAUUUUCAUUUUGGAAAAUAUUUAUGAAUAAAUAGUUUUAUAUGA